GCACGGAUACCUGCCGACCUUUAGCACAGAUACCUGCAGACCUUUAGCACGGAUACCUGCAGACCUUUACGCACCUGCAGACCUUUACGCACCUGCAGACCUUUAGCACAGAUACCUGCAGACCUUUAGCACGGAGACCUGCAGACCUUUAGCACGGAUACCUGCAGACCUUUAGCACGGACACCUGCAGACCUUUAGCACAGAUACCUGCGGACCUUUAGCACCAUGCUGGACCCGUCCUCCAGCGAGGACACCGGCGGGGACUCCGACCCGGAGCUCCUCCAGGAGACACCGGGGACGCGGGGGAGCAGCAGGACGCGGAGGCAGCCCGACGCACCUGGAGGCGCCACAGGUACAGGUGCCGAGGAGGAGGAGGAGGAGGUGCAGGUGGAGGAGGAGGAGGAGGAGGAGGUGGAGAGGAAGGAGCGGGAGCGCAUCCAGAAGGAGGAGGAGGAGAGGAAGGUGAAGCUGCAGAUCUACGUGUUCGUGCUGCGCUGCGUCGCGUACCCGUUCAACGCCAAGCAGCCCACCGACAUGGCGCGAAGGCAGCAGAAGGUGAACAAGCAGCAGCUGCAGGCGGUGAAGGAGCGUUUCCUGGCCUUCCUCAACGGCGAAACUCAGAUUGUGGCUGAUGAGGCUUUCUGCAACGCCGUGAGGAGCUACCAUGAGGGUUUCCUGAAGAGCGAGCGCGUCUCCCGGAUGGUCCACAGCGGCGGCUGCUCGGCCAGCGACUUCCGCGAGGUCUUCAAGAAGAACAUCGAGCGCCGCGUCCGCAGCCUCCCGGAGAUCGACGGCCUGAGCAAAGAGACGGUCCUGAGCUCCUGGAUCGCCAAGUACGACGCCAUCUACAGGGGCGACGAGGACAUGCGCCGCCAGCCGCAGAGGGCCCACCUCAGCGCCGUGUCGGAGCUCAUCCUCAGCAAGGAGCAGCUGUACGAGAUGUUCCAGCAGAUCCUCGGCAUCCGCAAGUUCGAGCACCAGCUGCUGUACAACGCCUGCCAGCUGGACAACGUGGACGAGCAGGCGGCUCAGAUCCGCAGAGAGCUGGACGGAAGGUUACAGCUGGCCGAGAAGAUUUCCAGGGAGAGGAGACACCCGAAGUUCGUCUCCCCCGACAUGGAGCCCCUCUACGUGGAGGAGCUGCGUUCGUCGGUCAACCUGCUCAUGGCCAACCUGGAGAGUCUGCCGGUGUCCAAAGGAGGCCCGGACUUCAAACAGAAGCUCAAACGCUCCUCCGUCAACAACUCCUUCCUGGACAUGGGAGACGAGGGAGACAUCCUGUCCAAGUCUGACGUGGUGCUGUCCUUUACUCUGGAGAUUGUGAUCGUGGAGGUCCAGGGUCUGAAGUCCGUGGCUCCAAACCGGAUCGUUUACUGCACCAUGGAGGUGGAGGGAGGAGAAAAGCUGCAGACGGACCAAGCUGAAGCCUCCAGGCCACAGUGGGGGACUCAGGGAGACUUCACCACCACCCACCCACUGCCCUCCGUCAAGGUGAAGCUGUUCACAGAGAGCACCGGGGUCCUGGCUCUGGAGGACAAGGAGCUGGGCCGGGUGGUCAUGAAUCCGACCACCAACGGGCCGAAGCAGGCCGACUUCCACCGGAUGGUCGUCCCCAAGAGCAGCCAGGACACGGAGCUCAGGAUCAAACUGGCCGUCCGCAUGGACAAACCCCCCAACAUGAAGCACAGCGGGUACGUGUACGCGGUGGGACAGAGAGUCUGGAAACGCUGGAAAAAAAGAUAUUUUGUUCUCGUUCAGGUGAGUCAGUACACGUUUGCCAUGUGCAGCUACAGAGAGAAGAAGGCGGAGCCUCAGGAGCUGAUGCAGCUGGAGGGCUACACGGUGGACUACUGCGACCCUCAGCCAGGCCUGCAGGGCGGCCGGGUCUUCUUCAACGCGGUGAAGGAGGGCGACCUGGUGAUGUUUGCGUGUGAUGACGAUCAGGACCGGAUGCUGUGGGUCCAGGCCAUGUACCGAGCCACCGGACAGUCCUACAAACCGGUCCCCCCCACCCAGAACAAGACCACCAACUGCCGAGGAGGACUCCAGAAACCAGCGUCCCCCAUCAGUCUGGAUCCGUCCCAGCGUCAGGGCGUUGAGGGUCUGAUCUCUGCCGCUCCGUGCCACUUCGACCACGCCGCCCUCUUCACCAUCCUACAGAAGCAAACGCUGCAGCACCGCAUGAACGACUCCUUCUCCUGCCUGGGUUGGUUCAGUCCCGGUCAGGUGUUCGUCCUGGAUGAGUACUGCGCCCGCUACGGCGUUCGAGGCUGCCACCGCCACCUGAGCUACCUGAAGGAUCUGAUGGAGUACUCCGAGAACAGCGCGCUGGUCGACCCCACGCUGCUGCACUACAGCUACGCCUUCUGCGCCUCCCACGUCCACGGAAACAGGCCCGAUGGAAUGGGGACGGUCGCUGUGGAGGAGAAGGAGAACUUUGAGGCCAUCAGGGGUCGACUCAUGUCUCUGCUGGAGAACCAGAUCACACAUUUCAGAUACUGCUUUCCCUUUGGACGACCAGAUGGGGCCCUGAAGGCAACGCUCUCCCUGCAGGAACGGGUUCUGAUGAAGGACAUCACCACGCCUGUUCCUCCAGAGGAGAUGAAGAAACUGGUGCAGAAGUGUUUGGAGAAAGCGGCUCAAAUCAACUACAGUCAGCUGAUGGAGUACGCUCAGAUCAAAGCGGAUCCUCAGGCCGCUCCGGAGAAAAGACUGGAGGACAUGCUGCGACUGGGAGAGCUCUGCAUCGAAGUCCUGCAGCAGAACGAGGAACAUCACUCCGAGGCUUUCUCGUGGUGGCCGGAGGUGAUGGCCGAACACGCCGAGACCUUUCUGUCUCUGUACCGGGUCGACAUGGACGGCGCUCUGCAGGUCCAGCCCGUUGACUCCUGGGACAGCUUCCCGCUGUUCCAGCUCCUCAACAACUUCCUGCGAGCGGACUUUCACCUGUGCAACGGGACGUUCCACAAACACCUUCAGGACCUGUUCGUCCCCCUGGUGGUGCGCUACAUCGACCUGAUGGAGUCGUCCAUCGCUCAGUCCAUCCACCGCGGCUUCGAGCAGGAGACCUGGCAUUCUGUCAAGUCGUUAACUAACAACCUAGCGAGCGUUCCUCUUCCCAAAGUGCCCAGCCUUCCUCUCACGCUGCCACAGAUGCCCAGCUUCUCAGCACCGGCCUGGAUGGGACCGCUGUGUGAGAACACUAACGGCUCGGCCACCUCGGAGGACUUGUUCUGGAAGCUGGAUGCUCUGCAGAUGUUCGUGAUGGACCUACACUGGCCGGAGCCCGAGUUCGCCGAACAUCUGGAGCAGAGACUCAAGCUGAUGGCCAGCGACAUGAUGGAGGCCUGUGUCAAGAGAACAAAAUCUGCAUUUGAUUCCAAAAUGGCCAAAGCGGGUAGGUCGACGGACUUCAGGGUGGCGCUGUCGGUCUGCACCAUGUUCAACGUGCUGAUGGACGCCAAGAAGCAGUGCGCCAAACUAUGCGUGCUGGACACCGGUCAGGAGAUUGACAAACAAUGGCAACAGUACCACUCCAAAAUCGAUGUUCUGAUUGACGAUGCGUUCAAAGACAUGAUUUCCUCCCUCGUCACAAAGUUUGCCGCUGUUCUAGACGGCGUCCUCUCCAAGCUCUCCAGAUACGAUGAAGGGACAUUCUUCUCUUCGAUCCUCUCUUUCACAAAACCAGGGAUGGAUCUGGCCGACACCUACAUCACCUUCAUACGGCAGAACCAGGACAUCCUCCGGGACCGCGUCAACGACGAGCUGUACAUCGAGAAGGUCUUUGAUCAAUGGUACACCGGCUCCAUGAAGUCGGUGUGUGUUUGGCUGACGGACCGACUGGACUUGCAGCUCCACAACUACCAGCUGAAAACACUCAUCAAGAUUGUAAAAAAGACCUACCGUGACUUCCGGCUGCAGGGCGUCCUGGACGUCAUGCUGAACAACAAGAGCUACGAGACCGUCUACAACCGGCUGACGGUGGAGGAAGCCACGGCGGCCGUCAAGUCGGGCGACGGCCUUCAAGGCAUCAGCAUGAGAGACAGCGACGAGGAGGACGACUGAACGCACAUCGUCGCCUCCGGACGCCACGCUGCUAGCUGACCCUCGUCCUCUCUAGACAGAUCAGGACCUUCCAUCACCGUGCGAGCUUCGUUGCAGAAGAGGCUUCGUUCACCGUGAGCGAAGGUCCUGAUCGGGUCAGGACGAACGCUCAGGUGGUGACUCCUCCCCCUUUUAGUUUUUGGUUUUUUUACCCGACCUGUCACAUGCUCGUUGCCCUGGCGACACCGCUGUACAUGCGUGUUGAAACGUACACGAGUGAGAAUGUACGACAAAAACAGGAAGUCAAGGUGCCGAGACGAACCCCGUCCUCCUCCCUCUCUCUCACCUGCGGGACAGGAAGCCCCGCCCUCCUCCACCUGCACAGCCGUACUCUGAUUGAUGUCAAUCUGUACAGUAGAGCUCAGCGGUCGCCGUUUUCUGUUUUGUUUUCAUCCACAGUUGUAGCUUUAUGUUCACAAAAAGGCCUCAAAGUCUGAGCGACCUCGGCGCCAUUUAAGUCGUUUUAACAGACAGCAUCAAAAUCAACUGAAGAGUUGUCAGGUUUUAUUUGACUUUUAUUCACGAUCAUAUCUUUGAAUGUUACUUUACACUAAUAUGGUUUUGUGUAAUAACCAACCUAUUUGGUUAAAGGUAAAAGUCUUACUAGCAUCCUCUAUAUGCCGACAUGUUCGUUACAACCCACAGUAAAACAUCAGCAUUGUCUUUAAGUUUAAACCCUAGACUGUUUAUAAGAAGUGGACGUAGUCAUCCUGACUUCACCCGUUGGUCUAUGGAUGGAUGUUAUGAAGCCUCUAGUGUGGUGACGUUUCCGUCGCCAUCAGGGAUUAUGGCCGUCGCCCUGACGUUGUUUUUUCCAACCAAUGAACAGAAGUGACCAUAUUUGGAAUGAGGGAGGAGAGACGCCGUGUACGUCUCUGGUAGAGACCUGUCAAUCACUUUAGCCCCGCCCUGAAGCAUACCCUGCUUUAUGGUCUAUUCGACUCUAAAUGGACCAUAAUUUACUUUUUUGGGGGGGCGCUUCAACAGUGUCGUCAAUUAAUGGUCAAACGUAUGGAAAUUGGACCCAAGUUGUAAAAAACAAGGAAUAUUUUUUUAACCACACGUUCCACAUUGAUAUUUCGCUUUUCGUGUCCCGUCUGAAACCAAACGUCAAUGUUGACUUACUUUAGUUGUGUUAGGUAGAUUCCGUAUAAAACUUACGGUACGUACGUAAGUUACGCAACAAAGUAGCGUAAGGUAGAAAUUUUACAAUCAAAAUGUGCGCUUAGUUGCGGUUUUGGACGAUCUGAAUAAAUUAAACUGAAAGUAAUAACCAGUGAUAAUGACCAUUCAAUCGACUGAUAACAUUUGAAAUUGGUGGCUGAGAAGCUUUGCCUGGAAAUGUAGUCUUGGGUUCUGCUGAAGGGUCCAUCGAGGUUUAGUCCGGCAAUAGAGUUUAGCUUUCAGAACAAAAACAGAAAGUAGUUUGUUGCUUAACGUUUGGUGUUCACAGUCUCACAUCUAGAAGAACUCCAAGCUAAUGAUUUGCUGCUGCACUGCUGUAUUUUUUAAAACCUUCUUUAGCUCAAAAUGUCCCCGCUGAUGAACAACGACCGGAGGCCUCAGGCGGCAAAAGAUGCAAAAAAAUUCCACUAUCCAGUUUCACCACGCAGAAGGUCUUAAAAUAUGAUAAAAUCUCUCUCAGACUGGGGGAAUAAUUGUUCAGAAUCGCGACUACAUGGCGACGCAGUUGCUGUUUUUCUCUGUUCAUCGUAAUUUUAACUGUUGUGAAGAAUAAUAUUGAGCUGUGGAGUGAUAUGGUCGUACUGCCUGGUGUGCAUCGUGUCCAACCAUCGAUCAAAGUCUUAGAAACGUGCUGACGAACUGUUAAAGUCUGGACUCUUUUAACAGGAACGUGGAUUUAAAUCUGAAUUCUGUGUUUUAAUCCGAGCGGCGUUGGUUCAUUCAGUCUCUGCCGUCUGUUUGCGUGUCGUCGUUGAGAAAAAUAAAAAGAGUUUUGCCUGUAAGAUUCAGUGUCGGCCUCCGAUCGACUGUGUGCAACAACCUGCCGUUUGUUUGAAACUGUCCGGUCCGGUUUGUGUCAGUGCAGUUCAGAAGACAAAAACUAAAGGACAAAAUAUAUAUAUGAAGAAGUAUAUUUAUAUUGUCUUACUGUGCACCUGUUUUGUUCAGGUGUCCUAUCUGAGUGUCACGAUUAAAAG